AUGGGCGUUGUAAGUGUUUCUAGUUCGGCUUCAAGGUUUCCACUAGGCUCAAAUUCAAAACUUUCAAGGAAUUCGAACUGUCGCUCUCCAAUAAGAAGACCUGUCUUUCUGGCUUUCAAAAUAGAGAAAAGAAAGAAUAAAGCAUUCAGCACGCAGCAAGAUCCAAUAGCUUUAGGCAUAGACACUGUAAAAGAUCCAAACAGCUCUGUCAAAAGAGUCCACACAGAUUCCAAAAGAGUAAAGGCAGUCUGCGUUGAUGAGGCCUCUUCCACUGCAGAGUUGGAUUAUAAUGAAGUUGCAGCCACACUUGAAAAUUUAUAUAAGCUUAGUCCUGGUGAAAUAUCUCAUGUAGAAAAGUCAGAUCAAGCUGCACAGAAACGUGGUGGAAGAAGGAAGAUAACCAAAGAACAUGUAAGUAAGAAGGUGAAAGUGCCUGAUGUCUUCCAGAAUGAUAAGAGGAAACUGAAGCGAUUAAGUCUUCACGAGAGAAUAUCAUUGACAAAGAAAAAGGGUGAAGCAUCUGCUGUUGCGAAGCACAGUACAGAAGAUGGCAAGAAAACUAGGGACACUGAGGGUAGACUUCUCAGGGACUACUCUGUGUCGACUGAUUUAGUCAGCCUAGACUGGAAAAAAAUGAAGAUACCCGCAGUUCUCUCUUCUUCAGAACAUACCUCUCUGUUUAAAUUGCUGCAACCUGUGAAGGUGAGCUUGUUCCUCUGAAUUCUCUAAAUUCUGGAGUGAAAUGAUUCCUUUUAGGAUACGAUUAUUUAAAUUUGGACUUGUCACGUGUUUUCCUGAGAUUUUGUAUCGGAUUUUCUAAUUUUCCCACCAUAAAUCUGUUUGUUUACGCUAAUAUCCUGUGUGCUAUAUUUCAAGAGUACAACCGUAAGUUGCGUGUAGUUAGAUAUGAAAUGUCCAUAAUCAUUCACCCUAUUGUAUUCUUUGAAUUUUAAGAUGAUUAUUUUUUAAUCAUAAAACAUUUGUUUUUCAUUAUUCCGAAUAUUGAUAUUGCUUUUCAUGUUAAUUUUUAGUAUCAGUUGUGUCGCUUCUUGGUAAUUUUACAUGAUUAAAGAAAAUUAUUUACUACAUCCCGUUUGACUAAUCGAUGGUGCUAAUACUAAUUUUUCUUCUGGAAAUUUAGGCUACACUUGCAGUUAAGGACACCCUGUGUGUGGACUUGGGUAGAGAACCUACAGACGGUGAAUUGGCGAGCGCAAUAAACAUGAAUGUUCAACAAUUGAGAAGGCAUCUAGAAGUUGGCCAUGCUGCAAGAAAUAAAUUAAUCAAGGUAAUCAUUUACAGUGAAGAAUUUCAGGUUUGAUUUUGUCCACGUCCGUUGAUGACCGAUACUGUGGCGUAGUUGAAUGAAACACAUGCCCCAUUCCCACAUGGGAAGAUGAACCACAGAUAGCAAAACAUCACUCUUGCUCCUUUGAUCAAAGUAGCCCUGAACGAAUUGCUCUAUAUUAGAAUAUCAGCUCUGCCUACGGUGUGAGAUUCAAACUUUAUGAGCAAAUGUUAUAAUAAAUAAAAUUAUCUAAUUUCUGUAAAGUAGUAAUGGAUUUUGAAUUUCCACGGGUGUUUAGAAGGUAGGAGGCUCGAUUUAGUUGCUCUUGAGACAUGAAUCUAACUUUACUAGGCUACUGUCUCGCACACUAUGUUUAUAUUCAACGUGCUAAAGUUAAAUAUUCUUGUUCUGUUACUUGGGACCUUGGACCUAAAGCGUGAGACUCGAUCGCUUUGUGCAGCAUAAUCUUCGUCUUGUUCUGUUUGCGAUCAACAAGUAUUAUCAUGAGAUAGCCAACGGGCAGAAAUUCCAAGACCUCUGCCAAGCUGGAGUCAAGGGCCUCAUCACUGCCAUCGAUCGGUUCGAGCCAAAACGUGGUUUCCGUCUAUCCACUUAUGCUCUGUUCUGGAUCCGUCAUGCCAUCAUCCGAUCCAUGACCAUCUCCAGUUUUGCUCGUGUCCCUUUCGGCAUUGAAUCGGUAUGAUUCCCAAUUUAUUUAUUUACUUGGUUUCACGUCCAAAAUAAAAAUUUUUGUGUCCAUCUUUUGACUUAAAAAAAUUAUAUGGUAUUUUUACCGGAGUUAAUGGGGCAGGUAAACCCCACAGGUCUGAAAGCUCAGAAUCUUAUUUCCUUCCUCUCUCUCUCUCUCUCUCUCUCUCGCUCUCUCGCUCUCUCUCUCUCUCUCUCUCAUCCUCAUCGAUUCAUGUGGAAGCCUGGUCUGAGCAUAUUCGGAAGCAAGCUUCUUGGGAGUUCAGACCCUGUUUCCAGGCUUUUCUUUGGGCUUAGCAACGUCAGGGCCCCACCCAAUCCAUUGACAACUUCGCAUAUUUCUUUGUAAUUUUUCUUUAUUAAAAUGCUAUAUUCUUGAAAAAUGUGACAAACCAGAUCCCUCUUUUGCAUAUUAUACCGCCCAUAAAUUCAUCUGGUCGAUACCCAAAUUUUUUUGUGAAUCAGAUAGUCUGACCUAGAAGGAGCAGACACUUAUCCAUCUCGCCACUGCAGGUCAGGCAAGAGAUCCAGAGGGCCAAGUUGGAGCUGACCUUCGAGCUGAAGAGGGAGCCAACAGAAGAGGAGAUCGUUUCCAGGGUGGGGAUAUCUCCGGACAGAUACAACGACGUCCUGAGGGCUUCGAAGCCCAUCAUCUCCCUCAACGCCAGGCACGCCACCACGCAGGAGGAGUUCAUCAAGGGGGUCGCCGACAUUGACAGCGUGGGCGACAGGCGGAGACAGCCUGCGCUUCUACGGCUGGCCCUAGACGACGUGGUAAUUCAUCUUGAUGAAACCCCUCCUCUUCGGCUUUAAUUGACCCUGAUCUCGAUUUUAUUCUCUCUCUCUCUCUCUCUCUCUCUCUCUAGCUCGGUCGCUCGAUUUUACAUGUUUAGAUGAAAUUGAUUUAUUUUAUUUUAUUUUCCCAAAUUGUCUGUAGCUUGAUUCGCUGAAGCCUAAGGAGAGCCUGGUAAUCCGCCAGAGAUACGGCCUCGACGGCAAAGGUGACAGAACGCUGGGAGAGAUAGCCGGGAACCUCAACAUCUCGAGGGAGAUGGUCCGAAAGCACGAGGUGAAGGCCCUGAUGAAGCUCAAGCACCCAGCCCGCGUUGACUAUCUCCGAAGGUACAUCGUUUGA